UGAUACCCUACGAGAAACAGACGAAAGAAAGCAGCUGGUGACAAUUGGUGUGUAGCUUCAAAUUGGGGUCUGCUCGAUGGGAAAAUGGAAAUGGAUGCAUCGAAUAUUCUAAUGAGAAAACCGUUAGCAUAGAAAAGCGAUAAAAGAUGCACUUUGCAGCUGCCGCAGGUUCACGGAGUGCCUAUAUAAAGGUCGUCCGGCUGCAUUUGCAGCAUAUUCAUGAACCGACCAUGGAACACAGAGCAUCAAUACUCUGGAUAGUGCUGCUCUCGUUGCUGAGCCGAGCGCUCACCUACCAGGAGAAGGCGUCGCCAAGCCAGGCUCAGGCGCGUGGCGAGAACCUGCAGCAGACACAGCAGCAGGUCCUGGGUGGCAGAGGCAGUGGCAGCGGCAGCGUUGGCGUUGGCGUUGAUACGGAAACGGUGGGAUCGACACGUAACAUCGAAGAUCAUCUGUUGACAUCGAUGGGUAAGGCUGGCUUCAAACACUUUGUGGGCUCCAGCUCGACGACUACAGCCAAACCGCCAGUACAACAUCAACACCAUUACUAUUAUACUUCAGAGGGCAGCGAGCAUCCUCGCCAGCAUGGGCCAGUAUUACCGCCAGGAGUUUAUCCGUGGCCCGGUUAUCCUCAAGUACCACCGCAGCGUCCCUGGGCGCCGCCAUAUAAUCCUUGGCCCUAUGGCUGGGGUCACUGGGGUGGUGGUGGAGGUGGUGGUGGUGGCGGUGGCGGUGGUGGUGGUGGAGGUGGUGGUGGUGGUUAUCCUGGCUAUCCCGGCAAUCCUGGCUAUCCUGGCUAUCCCGGCAAUCCUGGCAAUCCUGGUUAUCCCGGCUAUCCUGGCUAUCCUGGUCCUGGUUCCGGUGGUCCUGGCUAUCCUGGUUAUCCAUAUCCCGGCUAUCCACGCUAUCCCCACUAUCCUGGCUAUCCCCAUUAUCCUGGUUACCCGGGUUAUCCUGGCUACCCUGGCUAUCCAGGCUAUCCAUGGUAUCGCUCCACGGAAAACGAAGAACUCGACGAGAACGCAGUGCAGCCAGAGCUCGCACAACGCUCCAUUCCCGGCAGCUAUCAGGCACGUGUCUUGGCCUCCACGAGCAACCUCGUCGCUGGCAAGUCCAACAACAAUGUUUGGCCGCUCUAUCACCUGCUCAAUGUGGCCCGGGUCUAGCCCAAGUCCAUCUAAACGACCGAGAACUUGAACGCAAAUAAAAAUAAUUUGAUACAUUCCAAAAUAUUUUCUCAUUCUAAGCUCGAAUACAUUGGUGUAAGCGAAGACAUUGAAAUCUGCCAGUUAUAUAGAAUAACAAAGCAA